AAAAUCGUUUCAAGGAGAUUUGUUAUCUUAGCUAAAACAAAAAGAAGUUAUUACAGGAAUAGAAAGAGAGAGAGACGAAAAUUUACGCUGAUGACGUGGUAAGGGAACGACGGAGUGGGGAACCACAAGCCGUUCUUGAUAUUCAACGUGGUUUGCUCAUGGCGGCGCGUGGUAGACUCGUGGUGGCGCGUGGGAACAGAAGCUUUUCAUCUAUAAUCAGAAAAUACUCAUUGAAAAGUCCAUUUCCCUCUAUUUUGUUCUUUCUUAUUUCUUGCAAUUUCAUCUCUCUCAUUUUUUUUUCUGAUAAAGGUGCAAUCUCAUCUCUUGCAAUAUGGUAUUAGGAGAAACGAAUAAGAAAGUGAUCAAGAAUGUGAUUAAGCUCUUAACGAUGGUGAUUUUGAUGGGCACUGUGGUGAUUUGGAUCAUGAUGCCAACGUCUACUUACAAGAAGAUUUGGUUGAAAUCCAUGCGUGCCAAGCUCGGCAAAUCGAUUUAUUUUGGGAAACCAGGAGUAAACCUUUUGGUUUACAUGUUCCCAAUGAUUCUACUGGCUUCUCUUGGAUCUAUUUACCUUCACUUGAAGAAACAAACGAGAGUAAACCAAUUUAAUAGAAUGGAUAGGAAGAAGAUAGACAAGUUUGGUGCAUUGAAAAGACCAAUGUUAGUGAAGGCCGGAUUAGGGAUAGUGACAGUGACCGAGGUUAUGUUCUUGAUGAUGUUCAUGGCUCUUCUUCUUUGGAGCUUAGCCAAUUACUUUUACCAUACCUUUGUCACCAUCACUCCUCAAUCACUUCCAACCGACGGAGAUAACUUAUGGCAAGCAAGGCUGGAUUCAAUAGCAGUAAGGUUAGGUCUAACAGGGAAUAUAUGCUUGGGGUUCUUAUUUUAUCCGGUGGCACGUGGCUCGUCGUUGCUGGCUGCAGUUGGGCUUACGUCGGAGUCAAGCACCAAGUACCAUAUAUGGCUCGGUAACUUGGUCAUGACCUUAUUCACAAGCCACGGUCUUUGUUAUUGUAUCUAUUGGAUAUCCACAAAUCAAGUCUCUCAGAUGUUGGAGUGGGAUAGGACCGGUAUCUCGCAUUUAGCCGGAGAGAUAGCUCUGGUGGCCGGACUUUUGAUGUGGGCCACCACAUUCCCGGCGAUUAGAAGGAGAUUCUUCGAAGUCUUCUUCUAUACUCACUAUCUCUACAUGGUCUUCAUGCUCUUCUUUGUCUUCCACGUUGGCAUCUCUUACGCGUUGAUCUCAUUUCCCGGUUUCUACAUCUUCAUGGUCGAUCGUUUCUUGAGAUUUCUCCAGUCGCGGAACAAUGUCAAGCUAGUCUCUGCUCGUGUUCUUCCUUGUGAAACUGUCGAGCUUAAUUUCUCCAAAAACCCUAUGCUGAUGUAUAGCCCGACGAGCAUAUUGUUCGUGAACAUACCGAGUAUUUCGAAGCUUCAAUGGCAUCCAUUUACGAUAACUUCGAGUAGCAAACUCGAACCAAAGAAGCUAAGUGUUAUGAUCAAGAGCCAAGGCAAAUGGUCCAGUAAGCUUCACCAUAUGCUUGCUUCUUCUAAUCAGAUCGACCACCUUGCUGUUUCCGUCGAGGGACCCUACGGCCCUGCUUCCACUGAUUACCUACGACAUGACUCUCUGGUUAUGGUGAGUGGAGGCAGUGGGAUAACACCGUUCAUCUCCAUAAUCCGCGACCUACUCUACGUGAGCUCAACGAACGCUUACAAAACCCCCAAAAUAACCUUAAUAUGCGCGUUCAAGAAUUCUUCCGACCUCUCAAUGCUCAACCUAAUCUUACCGAACUCCACCGAGAUCUCCUCCUUUAUAGAUAUCCAGAUCAAAGCCUUUGUCACCCGAGAGAAAGUAUCAACCUGCAAUAUGAAUAUCAUCAAAACCCUCAGUUUCAAACCAUAUGUCUCAGACCAACCCAUCUCACCAAUCCUCGGACCGAACUCCUGGCUGUGGCUGGCCACCAUCCUCUCUUCUUCAUUCAUGAUCUUUAUAAUCAUCAUCGCAAUCAUCUCAAGAUAUCACAUUUACCCAAUCGAUCAAAGCUCGAAAGAGUACACUUCGGCUUAUACAUCUCUCAUUUACCUUCUAGCAAUCUCUAUUAGCGUGGUGGCUACGUCUACGGUCGCUAUGUUGUGUAACAAAAAGAGUUAUUUUAAGGGUUUAUAUCAAAACGUUGACGCAUUGUCUCCGUUGAUGAUCGAGAGCUCGCCAGAUCAGUUGCUACCGGAAUUCACCAACAUUCAUUAUGGAGAAAGGCCAAAUCUUAACAAGCUCCUAGUUGGUUUAAAGGGUUCGAGCGUUGGAGUUCUUGUGUGUGGUCCAAGGAAGAUGAGAGAAGAGGUUGCAAAGAUUUGUUCCUUUGGUUCGGCUGCGAAUCUUCAAUUUGAAUCUAUUAGUUUCAACUGGUGAGUUUUUUUGAUUGGUGUAAAAGAAAAUUCCAAUAAACAAAAUAGUAUCUACCAAAAUCUUCUCACCAAAAGAAGUAAAGAGAGUCAACAUCUUUCGAAAUCAAGAUCAACUUCGAAGUAACUUAUGCACUACAAAACAACAACAACAAGUUGGUACUCAACUAGACAUUAAAGAGGUGAUGUUGAUAACCUCAAUUUAACUCCACUACAUAACCGGUUGUUGAUUUUGCAAAACAGAGCUGUGGUAAACAAAAAUGUUUUAUUUUCUGUUAACAAAUAAGUUACAUUGGAACAAUAACAAGAAAAACAUUUAUGCGU